UACUGUAUUACGCAGAACACAUAUAAAUGCAUGGUCCAUCUCUCUUUCUCUGUUUUUGGUCAUCGCUUGAAGAUAUGCUUCUCUGUUUAGGUUCUUGAGAGAGAGAGAGAGAGAGAGACAGAGAGAAUGUGGUUGUUGAGCAGAAAAGGACCAUCUGGGUAUUCAGCAAGCUCUACAGCUGAGGAAGUUACUCGAGGAAUUGAUGGGACUGGUCUCACUGCCAUUGUUACAGGAGCAUCAAGUGGUAUUGGUACUGAAACUGCACGUGUUCUUGCAAUGCGCGGUGUCCAUGUAGUUAUGGGGGUCAGAAAUAUGUCUUCUGGGAAAGAGGUCAAAGAAGCAAUACUUAAGGAAAUCCCGACUGCGAAAGUUGAUGCCAUUGAAUUGGAUCUCAGUUCGUUGGCAUCAGUGAGGAAGUUUGUAUCGGAAUACAAUUCUCUGGGACUUCCUUUGAAUCUCCUCAUUAACAAUGCAGGAAUUAUGGCAACUCCAUUCAUGCUUUCUAAAGACAAGAUAGAGCUACAGUUUGCAACAAACCACAUAGGUCAUUUUCUUUUGACAAAUCUAUUGUUGGAAACCAUGAAGGAAACAGUCCGUACAACUAGCAAAGAAGGCAGGAUUGUAAAUGUAUCAUCAAGACGACACCAGUUUUCAUAUCCUGAAGGAAUCCGAUUUGACAAAAUUAAUGAUCAAUCAGGGUAUAACCAGCUAUCUGCAUACGGUCAGUCAAAGCUUGCUAAUGUUCUGCAUGCCAAUGAACUUGCGAGACAUCUGAAGGAUGACAGGGUGGAGAUAACUGCAAAUUCACUUCAUCCAGGAGCAAUUGCCACUAAUCUAUUCCGUCAUCACAUCCUUUUUAGUGGUAAUCACUAUUUUCCCUUUUCGCGGCACCUCUCUCUCUCUCUCUCUCUCUCCUACAUCAAUGGCAGCUGGGAAUUAAGAGAGAGGCUGAAAGCAAAGCUGACUGGGAGGCAGUACGAGUUAGUCCACAAACUAAUACAGGGAACCUUGAACGGACGUUUUGUCCACCAAGGGGAAGACUUCCUCUUUUGUGGAUUCCCAGAGCCCUGGUAUGACUGGGGAACAAAAACAAGGUAUCCGGGAUUCGAGAUCUUUUUUGGACACCAGCUACCAGAAGAUGAGGAUGAACAAGUAGACCUGAGCCCUAGCACAGAUCAAGGCAGAACUGCAAACCUGGAUAUCGAAGAGGAGGAGCUGUUAGGAAAAGCGCUGGCUGACUUGCUGACAAGUUCUACUACUGGAGCUGAGACCACCAACUUUGGGGAUAGUUUUACUAUCUCAAUGAUUGAGGAUAACCUAGCAGUAGAUUUUUCCAAUCUUAUCGUGGAUAUGUCUAAGGCUCCACGCCUGGUCUGGAAGUUUGAGCAAGGCAACAUCAACAGUUCUGGAUAG